AUGGAGCAGGCAGAGGCGUCGCUUAAACAAGGGAAUCUUGUCAAAUAUAUACGAAAUGAAUUAACCACUUCUACGACACACGGACUCUCCUACUUUGUAGAGAAGCGUAUACAUUAUUUGGAAAAGCUUUUCUGGAUAGGAAACUUUGUGGCGUGCGCGGUACUGGCGGCACUGUUACUAAAUGUGCAGUAUAGAAGAUUUAUCGCGGCGCCAACCGUGAUGAGCGUCGAGAUGAACUACUUUGACUGGAACAUUUCAUACCCUGCAGUUACGCUUUGUCCGCUUUAUAAGCCAGACGAAAAAAAAUUUCACACGUAUAUCAACCAAACAUAUAAUUACACGGGAUUACAUGUGGAGGGAUAUUUAUGGGCAAUAUCGCAAGCUGCGCUGGACACUUUGGAAUAUAUGGACUUAAAUAUCCCGGAAGAUGUAAUCCCGCUGAUUCAUCCGAAAGAUUACGCGACAUUGGCGGCUUCAAUGUUCAGGAAAUUUGAAAACACAUGGCUGACCACUAAUACGAACUGGUCGAUUACCGUGGAUGCAGCCAUGACGGAAAUGGGCAUGUGCCACGUGAUUAAUUCCAAUGUUGCGAUAUAUGACAAACCUCAGCACUGGAAUGCUAAAGCGCCACCAUACGUGAAAAGUAACAUAGAGAUCUCUGUAUUUGAAGCGAAUUUCGUUAUUGAGAUUACAAAUUUUUCGAAUAUUUACAAGGUUUUCAUCCACAGCCCCGACGAAGUAACGACGAGUACAACAUCAUCGUUCGGUUUCGACGUGGAGGGGAUAAUCUCAUUUGGCUUGUCUGUUUGGAGUAGCAGAAUAUCGGACUCACUGCGUUAUAAAUCACUUUAUCUACGAAAAUGCAGAUUUUAUAACGAACCUAUAAGCAACAGGUAUCCCAUUUAUUCCUACAGUCAUUGCAUGUUAGAAUGUAGAGUCAAGAUGAUCCAGAAACUUUGCGGCUGCGUGCCGCAUUUCUACAGGCCUCUAGGGCACGAGCGCAUAUGCUACAUAGCGGAGUUGAAAUGCGUGCUGCGCCACAAGGCGCAGAUAGUGUCGCUGCGGGGCGCGGGGGGAGCGGGGGACGCGCGCGGGGGCCGCGCGUGCGGCUGCGGCGCCGCGUGCGAGCUGGAGCUGUACUACAAGGACAGCGAGGACUUCGAGCGCACCGAAGGGUUCAACCGGUUGAUACUCAAAAUCACGUCCUUCCCGAGAGUCCGAGUCGUCCGGGACGUCAUCUUCAGCUCCUACGACAUCCUGCUGCGGAGCGGGGGCGUCGUCAACUUGUGUAUCGGCUGCUCGAUAGUAUCCGUCGUGGAGUUCCUGCUGGUGAUGCUCAAGAUCUUCUCACACGUGAUCGUGAAAACGCUCGGACGCUUCAAAAAAUAUAAACUGAAAACUUUAAUGGGUAGAAAGAAAAAGUCGAGUCAAAAAUAAACUCAAUUUAUUACAAUUUAGUUACACUUUUUUAAUUUAAUAUGUUUUCGCUCCUCAGCCUUCUUUAUUUCGUGACAUUUUUAUACCUAGAA